AUGGAGAUCAUGGCGCAGCUGGACAUCCCCGACAAGCUGGCCGCCGGCCCCAGGACAGCAGCCCAGGUUGCAGAGGAGGCCGGCUCCAACCCGGACUUCACACUGCGCCUGCUGCGCGCCGCUGUGGCCGGCGGCCUGCUCAGCGCUGAUUGCAAGAAAGGGGAGCUGCUGUUCAGCAACAACACCCUGAGCGAGCACCUCACCACCAGCCACCCCUCGUCCAUGCGCGGGUUUGUGCGCCACUUCGCCACCGACUGCUUCAGAGCUUUGGGCACCCUGGGGGAGACCGAGCGCCCCAAGAACCAGGAAGACUUCAGCGCCGGGAUGCAGUCCAUCGACGGACUUGGACUGGCUGCCCUCAUAGCGGACUUUAACUGGACGCGCUUUGAUCGCUUCGUAGACGUUGGAGGCGCAUUUGGAUCAGUGCUCAACGCCCUGCUCGCGCACAACCCCAAGGCCCAUGAGCGCAUCGAGUUCGUUGGGGGCUCAUUUUUUGACGCAUCAUCUCUACCCCAGGGCAAGGUGGGCGACGCGUUUGUACUGCGCAACGUGCUGCACGACUGGUCUGACGAGGACAGCCUCACCAUCCUUAAGGCCCUGCGCUCCGCCAUCGGGUCCAGUGGCGCGGCCCUGGUGCUCCUGGAGAUGUCACUGCUGGACGACAUGGGGGACCCCAUGGGCUUCGCCCGCUACCACAUGGACAUGCACAUGAUGGCCAUGUGCCACGGCAAGGAACGCACCAAGAAAGAGUGGGAGGCGCUGCUGUCUGCGGCUGGCUUCCAGCUGGUGGCCAUGCGCCCCACACGCAGCAUCUUCUGGGCGGUUGAGGCCAAGCCUGUGGGACAACAGUAA